UUCAGCGUAUUUUAGAUUAUGAGUCUGGCACCUUUGAAAACAGCUGAUUGGAAUUAUAUUUUUCGUUAUUUGAUUUAACGCAAUAAAAGGGAUUUUUACAAAAUAUUAAAUUUCUGGUUUAACUCGAUAAAGUAUCACAAAAUAAUUUGUAACAAUAUGAUGGAGUAAAAUAGCAAUAAAUUGUGCAUAACUAUUGGAGUUCACCUUACCCUUAUUUUAACAUUAUAUUUGACAAUUUGUGACUUAACUUCGGUAGUGACAAGUGAAAUCCAAUAAAUAAUUAUAUUGAAGUCCAGUAAUGGACAGUCAGCCACUAGCUGAGGGUCGCUUAUUGGAUAUUGUCGAUAAUAAGUGGCGUGAGGAAGUUUUACCCUUUGAUCAGAUCCUUGUCCCGGCAGAUAAACUGCCAGAUCCAGAAGCUGAUGGUGGUGACUCACAUUUAACACUCAGCGAACAGGAACAAAAAUGGAGUGAUUUGGCCCUGAGUUCAUUGGCACCCGAAUCUUCUCUUGGAGAUCAAUUAAACAUUUCGUCUAUAUAAAUCAUUUUACAUAAUAACAUUUAAAAAUUUCUGUCUGCAAAAUGAAUCAGCAUCUCCACUCACCUACAAAGCUUACCGAAUUUGCGCGGGAUUUCGAAGAUGAAGAGACCGAAUCUAUACUGGGUCGCUUUGUGAACAAAAUACAAAACGUAUAUAAUCAAAGUUAUAACACUGUUAAUGAAGUAGCAAAUAGUAGUGCAGAUGGCACCUCACCGGCCCAAGUUUCGAAAUCAUCUUUUUAUGCUGACGAAAGUAUAGAUGCUACCGGCAACGCAAAUAUUUCUUAUGAAAAUUCAAAUUCCUGUAUAAAUAUCUCAUCAAUUAAUGUGCAUUCACCAAAUAAAACUGUCAAUAUGCAUAAAAAUCAUGACAAAUGUAAUUCAACCACAAAAAUCAUUACAAUAGAUGAAUCUAAAAACGAAAUGGAAGAACAAGUUUCGAGAUUACCAAACGAAAGCAGUGAGGGCCGCACCAUGGUCAAUGUACUAAAACGGAUGAGUAACUUAAUGGCGACAAAAAACAGUGAUCUACAAAAUUACAAAGAUACUGAGUUACAUCGUUUUUGGAUGCCUGAUUCAAAGGCAAAGGAAUGUUAUGAUUGUACACAAAAAUUCUCUACCUUUAGAAGAAAACAUCAUUGCCGCCUUUGUGGGCAAAUAUUCUGUUCCAGAUGCUGCAAUCAAGUUGUGCCUGGAAAAAUUAUUAAGUGUGCUGGCGACCUCAAGGUUUGCAACUAUUGCUCAAAGAUUGUACUUAGCUAUUUAAAAUCUCCAGACAUAGCAGUGGAUUUGCAUGCAGAUUUACAGGCCUUACAACAAGAUUUAACCCAAAAACUAGAAGAUAAAAAUGAUAUUAAUAACAUUGAGGUUUUGUCUACACGUGCAAUUUCAACUCGGAAGAUAUCUGUUGGAUAUCAAGAAGAGCGUUUUGCUACUCAUAUGAGUAAUUGCUUAUCUAUUGAUGAUCGAAAGAACAUACUUCAGCAAUCAAAUUCUUUAAUAACACUACACGAAGAAAUGCAACGUCAGUUGACACCACAGAACUGUGGCACGUAUCUAAUCGAUUAUAUGAUUUUACAUAAAAAAUCUUCAAAUAAGAUACAAGCUAUAGCAAUAUUAAAUGCAAUGUUAGCUGCUGGUUUUCUACAACCUAUAGUCCCAGAUUCUGAAUUGAUUGAUUUCGAUGAAAAUCUGCAUUACAAGUUUAUUGAGCUGAAUAAACAUAAUUUUAACAAUGCUUUUUUUAAGGACUCAACCAACGUUUCUUUGGUCACCACUCCGCAGAUUGAUAACAGUGAUGAACCACAGCCGCCAAAAACAAUAGAUGCCUCAUUGAGUUUUCAUUCCAUGAGGGACAUGGAAUUUGAGUCUUCAUUGUGUUCCACUACAACUACAACUAAGCUAUUGGAAUCUUACUGCGACUACGAAGAGCAGUUGCUUACUCAAAUGCUACGCACAUUCCAUUUAGAUUUGCGUUGGUCUAAAGUACUCAUGUCGUUAUGCUGUCGAGCAGCCAAUCAUUUCAAACCAGAAUAUUGCACCAAUGAGUUAAUGGACAUAAGAAAUUAUGUAAAUAUAAAAAAAAUACCAGGGGGAAAACGGCAAGAGUGUACAAUAGUAGGUGGGGUUGUUUUUUCAAAAAACAUUGCUCAUAAAGAUAUGGCUACACGUGUUGAACAUCCACGCAUACUUCUUUUACAAUGCCCUAUUGUUUACGAACGUAUUGAAGGAAAGUUUGUCAGUAUAGCAACAGUUUUGUUACAAGAAAAAGAGUAUUUACGACGUGUUUGCGAUCGGAUUAUGAGUUUCAAACCAAAUGUGGUAUUGGUGCAUAAAAAUGUUGCGGGCAUAGCUCAAGAUAUGCUACGCUCACAAGGUAUUACCUUGGUUUUAGAUGUGAAGCUUUCUGUAAUGGAACGAAUAUCUCGCACACUCCAAUGUGACAUUGUGGCUUCUAUAGAGUCCAAUAUAGCCCGGCCACAGCUCGGCAUGUGUGAUGCUUUCUAUAUUCGAAAUUUCAGUGAUGGUACUGGCAUUAAUAAAACGUUAAUGUUUUUUGAAAAAUUGAAUAAUCCUCGUGGCUUCACAUGCUUAUUGCGUGGAGGCUGUAAUAACGAGCUGGCAAAGGUUAAAAAAGUUGCAUCGUUUUUAGUGUAUGCGCGCUAUAACUGGCGAUUGGAAAUGUCUUUCCUCUUGGAUGAGUUUGCGGAUCCGCUUACACCAAAACUACCGAUUUUCAACUCGAAAGAACCAAGUCCAGAUGAUUUAUCUCCUGGUGAUAAAGAACGGAAAUUACCGUCGAUUUCCACUGUAAAAUUUGUGGUGGAGCGAAAAGCGGAGGAGAAAGUACAGCCACAACGAAAAGAAAUAAUCUCAAUGUCAAAGAAUGUUGCUGACUUUACUGAUCCACUUCGUUCCGUGGAGGUCGGCGCAAACAAAAUACCAGAAGAUCGACCUGUUGUAAAAUUAGCAGUUGAGACGCGUUACGAUAAUCGCUUUCGCACUGCACUCAGCUCAACUUUACUCUCGGUCAGCCCAUUUCUUAGCUUUCCAUUACCGUAUUUGGAAACCGAACAAGGUCGAAAAUGUGCUCUACGCAAACUAUUUCCAACUGAGUUAUUUUAUUCAAAAUUAAUGUCAAACAGGAAUAGCCUGCAUUUAGAUCGUAAUGAAAGUAUGGAAAAAAAAAUUAAAAUUAAUGCGAAUGAAACUCUGCUAAAAUCUCCACAUCCUUUUUUAAAACUCAAACUCACAACACCAUGGGAUAAUCGCGAUAUACAAAAUUUACUGGCAGAAUUUAGGUCAUAUGGUGGGCGUUAUCCAAAGAAAAAAAAUUCGUUUAGAAAAGUGAAUCAAGUUCCACAGAAGGUAAACGAGGAACUGGUUUUUAAAGAUGCGCUUGAUUUGGAGAACCAUCAAAGGCUGCCGGUACUAUUUUGCAGUUUCUAUUUCAAUCCGAAGUCUGCAUCCUCGUUUUGCGCCCCACCAACUUUGUUAGACAUGAAAUUUUAUGGGCAACACGAUAUUAUGCUUGGACAAUUCUUGCAACGCUACUGUUGUCGUUUAAAUUCGAUAUGUAAACUUUGCAAUUUGCCAAUGUUGGGGCAUGUGCGCCGCUACGUGCAUUCCAUGGGAUGUGUACAAGUUUUCCUCAGUGAGGAUAA